AUGUCGCGCAAUCCGGCCGAAAAUCAGCUGAACGCGUUCCGGGAUGCCCAGAAGGAGAAGACGACGGCUACCAUGAGCCAUGGUGCUCCGGUCGGUACGAAGACCGCCUCGCAAACGGCCGGUCCACGUGGUCCGGUUCUGCUGCAGGACGUUCACCUUAUCGACGAGCUGGCCCACUUCGAGCGCGAGCGUAUUCCGGAGCGUGUGGUGCACGCCAAGGGUGCCGGUGCCUUCGGGUACUUCCAGGUCACGCACGACAUCACCAAGUACUGUGCCGCGAAGCUGUUCGAGAAGGUGGGCAAGAAAACCCCGAUGGCCAUCCGUUUCUCGACCGUCGGUGGUGAGAGCGGUUCCGCCGACACGGUGCGCGAUCCGCGCGGUUUCGCCGUCAAGUUCUACACGGACGAUGGUGUGUGGGAUAUGGUGGGCAACAAUACGCCCAUCUUCUUCAUCCGCGAUCCGAUCCUGUUCCCGAGCUUCAUCCACACGCAGAAGCGCAACCCGGCCACUCACCUGAAGGAUGCGGACAUGUUCUGGGAUUUCAUUUCCCUCCGGCCGGAGACGACGCACCAGACGAUGUUCCUUUUCGCGGACCGCGGUCUUCCGGAUGGCUACCGUUUCAUGAAUGGAUACGGUUCGCAUACGUACAAGCUGGUUAACGCCGAGGGCAAACCGGUGUACUGCAAGUUCCAUUUCAAGACCGAUCAGGGUAUCAAGAACAUGGAUACGACCCGUGCCGCUGACCUGUCGAGCACCGAUCCGGACUACAGCAUUCGCGAUCUGUACAACGCGAUCGCCAAGAAGGACUUCCCCAGUUGGACGCUGAAGAUCCAGGUGAUGACCUUCGAACAGGCCGAAAAGGUACCGUACAACCCAUUCGAUCUGACCAAGAUCUGGCCGCAGAGCGACUUCCCGCUGAUCCCGGUCGGUCGCAUGGUGCUCGACCGCAACCCGAGCAACUACUUUGCCGAGGUGGAGCAGGCCGCAUUUGCUCCGUCUCACCUUGUGCCCGGAAUCGAACCGUCCCCGGACAAGAUGUUGCAGGCGCGUCUCUUCGCUUACGCUGACACGCACCGUCAUCGCGUGGGUGCCAACUACCUGAUGCUACCGGUCAACUGCCCCUACCGGGUGCCGGUGCGCAACUACCAGCGUGACGGACCGAUGAACUCUACCGACAAUCAGGGUGGUGCUCCAAACUAUUUCCCCAACUCGUUCAGCGGUCCGCAACCGUGCCCCGUGGCGCACAAGCUGCAAAACUCACAGCUGAAGCUGUCUGGCGAUGUAGAUCGCUAUGAAGUAUCGGAGGAUGAUGAUUUCUCCCAGCCGGCCGUGUUCUAUCGCCGCGUGCUGGAUGAAGCUGCCCGCAAGCGGCUAAUUAGCAACAUUGUGGGCCACUUGUCAAAUGCAUCACCGUUCCUGCAGGAACGUGCGGUGAAGAACUUCGCCAUGGUCGAUGCUGAUUUUGGCCGUCAACUUUCUGAGGGAUUGAAGCUGCACCGUUCGGCCAGUUUGUAA